UCGAUUUCAUUCUAGUCACGAUCUCGGGUCGAUUAAAAAGUCUUUAGAAUAUAUGCCCGUCAAAGUCCUAAAGCAAAUUUUCAACUGUUUUCUUUUCCCUUUCCUAUUUAUUUGCGGCACGUUCUCGGUGCGUAUCGAUCAAAUAUGUACCUCCAAGGCGAAGAAUGUCAACCUAGAGACUCGCGCGAUUAUCCACCAUUCGACGGAUAACGUUACACGCGAGUCAAGCGUAUCUGAUGGAUCGAAGCAAUUUUCCCGAUUCGAGUUCUUCGAUUACCGGAGAAACGUCCGAGAAAUCGCCACUUUUCAAACUAUAUUUCUCCAAGGAUCAGCUACUCGGAAGAUCGAACGUUCGUCCUUUCAAAAUCGAAGGUACACGCGAAUUGUUUCGAAAACAUUUGUUAAACAACCAUACGUACGAGAGCAUAGUCGACGUUAAAAUCCGUUUCAGACGAUCUCGUCGCGCGAAAAUUCUACUCCGCGAAAUACGAGAAUCUCGAGGCCGAGUAUACGAACGAGAACAGGGAUUCGAUUUUUUAUUUAAGAAAAGGAAACGUAGAAAAGUACAUUUUAGGUAUGGUUGGUGGCACGAGCAAGGAAUACAACCGAUAGAAUCUCGAAUCAAUUUUCGAAAAAGAACGUCGGAUUUGGUAAACUUUCGAAUGAAGAUAUAUGCGGAAGAUGAAAAGUUAAAAACUUUGAAAUAACGCGUCAUCUCGUCACAAAUUUCUA